AUGGACAAGAGCCAACCCACUUUAACUCAGUCGAUGAUGAGAGGUGAAGUAAAAAUUUUCUACUUCAACCAAAAAAGACUCGAGAUGAUGUGUGUGAAGUGGAUUGUCAAAGCGGAGAUGCAUUUUCGAACCGUUGAGCAACCAGACUACAAAGAAUUUAUAUAUGAUCUUCAACCUCGUUAUAAGAUUCCUAAUCGGAGGAAGAUUGCUAAGGAUGUUUGGAGUUUAUUUUGCGAGGAGAAAGAAAAGAUCAAAAGCAUCAUUGGUAAUCUCCGUGUGAGUAUCACAACCGAUACUUGGACCUCUAUCCAAAAUAUCAAUUACAUGGUGGUGACGGCUCAUUUUAUUGACUCCAAUUUCAACUUACACAAGAGGGUGCUCAACUUUUGUAAAAUUACUUCUCAUAUGGGCAAAGACAUAGGAAGGUGUCUCGAAGAAAAGUUGGUCGCAUGGGGCAUAAGUAAGGUGUUCACCAUUACCGUAGAUAAUGCAAGUUCCAAUGAUGUGGCCGUUGAGUAUUUGAAGAAGCAACUCCGGAAGCAUGAUAGUCUUAUGCUUGAUGAAAACUUGCAUAUGAGGUGUGCUUGUCACAUUAUUAAUUUGAUUGUGAAGGAUGGGAUUAAAGAUUUAGUAGAUUCCAUUGAAGCCAUCCUAAAUUGUGUGAAGUAUAUUCAAUCUUCUAGUGCGAGGUUGGAUAAGUUUCAGGAGUAUGCGGUCUUAGAGAAGAAGGACAAAAUGUCAAUUAUCCCGAUGGAUGUUGUGACUCGGUGGAAUGCCACGUACAUCAUGCUUCAUGGUGCUUACAAGUUUAAAGGUGUAUUUGAAAGGUUAGUGGAAGAACUUACGCUAUUUAAGUCAUACUUUGAAGAGGGAAGAGUGGGGCCUCCAAGUGAUGAAGAUUAG